AUGGAGCCUGUCUUUGCACUCCUACAUAUGGUAAUGGCCAUCCUUACUUUUUCCAGAGCUAACGAGACUGCUUGUAGCCUGCAAGGAGAGCCUGUAUACCCACAACUAUCAAAGGAUGGUGAUAUUAUAGUUGGAGGGAUUUUUCCCUUUCACAGCAGUUGGGAGAUCAGAGACUUGUCCUAUGUGGCAAUGCCACCGCCAUUAAAGUGCAUGAGUCUUGAUUUCAGAGCCUUCCAGUAUUCUCAGUCCUUGAUCUUUGCAAUAGAGGAGAUCAACAACAGUUCUUCUUUACUGCCAGGUGUUACAUUGGGCUACAAGAUAUAUGACACCUGCAGUUCAAUGGCAAGGGGGGUUAAAGUGGCCAUGGCACUUAUUAAUGGAAAUGACAAUAUGGCCCAAGAUGAGGUCUGCACAAAACCAGAUCAGGUACAAGCCAUAAUAGGUGACACAGCCUCAUCACCGUGUAUGGCUAUCGCCAAGAGUAUCGGACCUUUCAGCUUUCCCAUUAUCAGUCACUAUGCCACAUGUGAGUGUCUCAGUGACAAAAAGAAAUACCCAUCAUUUCUGCGCACUAUUCCCAGUGAUUACCACCAGAGCAGAGCAUUGGCAGAGAUGGUCAAGCACUUUGGCUGGACCUGGGUGGGAGCAUUAAGAACGGAUGAUGAUUAUGGUAACAGUGGUAUGGCCACUUUCACAAAAGUUGCAGAGCAGCUGGGUGUUUGCUUAGAAUAUUCCCUUCCAUUUUUUAGAACUUAUUCACAAGAAAAAAUGCUGAGAAUAGUUGAGCAGAUCAAAAGCUCUACUUCUCGAGUGAUUGUGGCAUUUCUCGCUCACUGGGACUUGGAGAUUUUGCUGGAUGUAUUUCAUGAGCACAACAUCACUGGAUAUCAGUGGGUGGGAACUGAAGGUUGGAUCUCUGAUUCAGCUGUAGCCGCACUGGAUAAGCACAAAAUACUGCAAGGAGCCAUAGGGCUAGCUAUCCCCAAAACAAAGGUGACAGGUUUAAAGGACUUCAUUUUAGAUAUAAAUCCCCUGAAAUCUGCAGGAAGUGAAAUUUUUACUAAAUUCUGGGAAGCUCUGUUUAAGUGUAAAUACACUGUCCAGAAUAAUUCAGGGGACUCACCAGUGUGUACAGGAAAAGAGAAACUCUCUGAUGUGGAAAACACAUUUACAGACAUGUCACUGCUCCCCAUUUUCAGUAAUGUGUAUAAAGGAGUAUUUGCUGUUGCCCAUACUCUACACAACCUUCUCGGCUGUACGCAAAGGUGUCCUACAAAGAAGCAGCCUGAUCCUCUCAAUUUUCUAGAACACCUCAAAAUGGUGCAUUUCAAAACCAAAGAUGGUGAAGAAGUGUAUUUUGAUAAAAAUGGUGACCCUGCUGCAAAAUAUGAGAUAAUAAACUGGCAGGCAAGUAAAGAACACCAACAUGAAUUUGUCACUGUUGGACUUUAUGACUCCUCUUUUCCACCUCAAUAUCGAUUAGCAGUAAACAUGACCUUAAUUAUGUGGGCAAAAAAUAGUAACCAGGUGCCGGUGUCUGUGUGCAGUGACAGCUGCCCUCCUGGCACCAGGAAGGCUGUGCAGAAAGGAAAGCCUAUCUGCUGCUUUGACUGUAUACCAUGCGCAGAAGGGGAGAUCAGCAAUGUAACAGAUUCUGUUACAUGUGAGCAAUGCUAUCAGGACUACUGGUCAAAUCAACACAGAGAUGCAUGUGUAAAGAAAGAAACUGAAUAUCUGUCCUAUGAUGAAAUAAUGGGAAUUUUACUAACAACUAUUUCCAUAUUUGGUGCAUUAAUGACAAUAAUAAUAGCAGUAGUAUUCUUUAGAUAUAAAAAUACCCCCAUAGUGAAAGCAAACAACUCAGAACUGAGCUUCCUGCUGCUCUUCUCUCUGGCUCUGUGUUUCCUCUGUUCACUUACUUUCAUUGGUCGGCCCUCUGAGUGGUCCUGUAUGCUGCGCCACACAGCGUUUGGGAUCACCUUCGUCCUCUGCAUCUCCUGUGUUCUGGGGAAAACAAUAGUGGUGUUAAUGGCCUUCAGAGCUACACUUCCAGGCAGUAAUGCUAUGAAAUGGUUUGGUCCUCCACAGCAGAGACUCAGUGUUCUCACCUUCACUCUCAUACAGGUCCUUAUUUGUGUUCUUUGGUUAACAACAUCCCCUCCUUUUCCCUUUAAAAAUCUAAAGCACUACAAGGAAAAGAUCAUUCUAGAAUGCCAUUUGGGAUCAACAAUAGGUUUCUGGGCUGUGCUGGGUUAUAUAGGAUUUCUGGCUCUUUUGUGUUUUAUUUUGGCUUUUCUAGCACGGAAGCUGCCUGAUAACUUCAAUGAAGCCAAGUUCAUCACAUUCAGCAUGAUCAUAUUCUGUGCUGUUUGGAUCACCUUUAUCCCUGCUUAUGUCAGCUCUCCUGGAAAGUUCACUGUAGCUGUGGAGAUAUUUGCCAUUUUGGCCUCAAGCUUUGCUUUGCUGUUCUGCAUCUUUCUACCAAAAUGUUAUGUAAUUCUACUGAAACCAGAGAAGAAUUCUAAAAGGCAUAUGAUGGGGAAGACUUCUUCAAAA